AUGCAGCAUCUUCAGCAUGCAGCAAUGGCGGCCGGCGAGCAUGUGAGUCUUCUGGGCAAGCUGAAUGAGAGGAUUAAGCUAUCCGAAGAAUACAAAACCAAGACAGAAAACAUGAUCCAUCGGAUCCUGGAGCAGCAUGCGAUGUGGAGGGCACAACAUACUGCAAUUCUUGAAGUCUACGCUGCCUUGGGAGGAUGGACGAAGGAUGCUGCGCAGCAGGUGGUGGCUGCGGCUCUCCCGUCGCUUCAGAGAUCCUGCCCCAGUGAUUCUUCAGCGCCGAGACCUACAAGAUCGGAGCAGAUCGUCGUUUUAGAUGGUCCCAACCAGGUAUGGGACCGUGAUUUCGGAAAUUCCGAGUUCCAGGACCAGGUUCCUCACCCAAUCGAGCGAGAGAUGUCACAGCAGGUCAUUGCAGACGAGUCGGUAGAUGUUUUGGAAGAUGACGAUGUCAUGCUGGUGGCAGAAGAGCCGUAUCCUGGGAACACCCAGUCCUCCCAGCAGCCGGACAGUCGCAGCAGCCUCGGCAGGCAAUUCGCACGGUCCCAGCUGGCCAGGAUGUCUGCGCGGAGUUCUGAGUUUGACUCACCAUCCUUCUGCUCUGGCAUGAGCGCUGACGAGCUGGGACAGCAGAUUCUGACCGACCUUGACAGAAUCCCCGACAAAGAGUGGGAAACCAGGUCGAGAGAGAAUGUUAGACCCGCCGGGGAAGCCAAGAGUUUGCAGAAAACACUGGGUUUUUUUGUAGGUGCCCGCUGGCAUGGAAUACCUAUGCCAACUACUGACACGUUCAAUUUUCGCAGGCUGACCGGAAACAUCUUGCUGUACGCGAGACAGCUCGGAGUUGGGGAAGCAACGUCCAUUCAAGUCACCAAAAAUCUGUGCACAAGGCCGCACAGGGAUGUGAACAACAGAGGGCCAAGCUGGAUCUUCGGCCUGGGAGAUUGGACUGAAGGCGGUGAGACCUUCGUUCAAGAUGACAGGGGGACUGAGGAGCACGAGCUGCAGGAGCAUAUCCCUGGCAUCGGGCCGAAAGGCAAGGUCUUGCGCGGAUUCAAGAAAGACAUCCAUACCCUCCAGCAGUUUGAUGGCACCAAAAUCCACUGCACUGUCCCAUUCAAAGGCACUCGCUAUGCCAUUAUACUGUAUGCCAUUAACAGGUCCUAUCACGAGACGCCCGCCCUCGCUCGGGCUCUGUUGGUCCGUCUCGGGUUCAAUCUCCCCCUGCACGAGUUCGAGGCGAAUAUGCAAGCGGAGGAUGAGGAACUUGCCGGGGCUGUUGUUGAGGGCAGGCCAGAGGCAGACGAACCUGGACGUCACCCGCCGCCAACAGAUCGGCCUAGGCCACUAAAGCGCCUGCAUGAGGAUACUGAGGAAGCCGCGGCUGAGCCACAGGCGCCUUCUGCUGCCAAGCCGGGACAACCUGCGAUGGCUCUUCCGAUUCUCCAGCCUGUCUUUCGCAGCCCCAACGAACCCGAAGUGCAGGAGCUGUGGUCAGAUUCCGAUAUGGAGGCUUUGAAAGACUUGAAAUGA